CACUUUUCUACAAUAUGUUUCUACAGCAACAAAGCUUUCUGUUUUGUAAUCAUAAAGCAGUAUGAUUUCGAUAAAACUUUUAUCUUUGUUAUCUCUUUUAUUUGACUGAUAAACUGUGGAUUGUGUCGUGAAGGUGUAAACUCUGUAUUAUCGUGCUGAUAAAUAUGUGUGAAGCAUGUGCGGUGGCUAUGGAUGACAAUUUCAAAAUCUUGAAAUGAGAACAAUGAUUUUAGAUCUUAACUUCAUUUUCUUGACUCUUGUCAUAGGGGCAUUUGCUUUAGGCUUAUAUUUCCGUAAUUCAAACAUUAAUCGCUUUAGUUUAUAUGAAGGAGGCUUUGCUGUGGUUGAAUUAGUGAAGGUUUUAAAAAAGGCCUGCCCAGUUCAAACUAGUAAUAAAUGGAAACUCCUAUCAUUAUCAGAGAGUCAUUGUUUUAGCAAAAAUAUUUUAAUGCCUGGUCUCAAAAGCAGCUUAAAAUUGUAUGGAGCUACCUGUGCUGUUGCUUGUUCUACUAUGUAUGCAUUUUCCUUGAUUUCUGAUAUUUCCAAAUGGAGUGAAUGGGAGCCAUGUGGAAACUUGAUGUUGAUGCAACUAAACACUACUGAACAACUGAAAUCGGAUCGUUUCAUGCAAGCUAGCUACAUAGUGGGCAUUCAAAGGGGCCUAAAUAUACAAUCUUAUACAGCAUUUUACCAAUUUCUAAGUUUUCCUUCCAAGUGCACUAAAUGGAUUUUAUUCUGGAAUGCCAAACAGUUUGAAUUUAUGUUUUUUCUAUUGCAACCAGCUGUUAGCAAAAAUUGAUGUUCCACCGAGAAAAGCAUGUGCCCACGAUAACUUGAGGAGAACGGUUUCAGACAUGAAUAUCCCUGCCAAAGAAAGUAAAAGUUUUUCUUUGAGUAAUGUACCUGAAGACAUGGAAGCGAUUGAGAAAAGCUUGCAAGUGCCGCUUUUAGAAAUGAAACAGCGCAGUUUAUCAGUGCCAUCCAUUGAAAAGACUGUUUGCGAAGAAGAGAAUUUAAAGAAUCUUCCAUCGAUUCAAGAAGCAGAAGAAGUUGGGUGCGAUUGUGUCGACAAGAACGAAAUGUUUUGCUCUUCGACUUCUGAUUUUGAAAUUUUGGAUUCAAAUCAGCAAUUUUUAGAUUCCAGGAAGGCAGAUUAUCUCACCCAAGGAAAUUAUGGUGCUUCUGUUUUGCAAACAGAGAUGAUGUUAGCUUCUCAAUAUGAUAGAACUCAGAUAAUCGGGAAUCGUGUUGCUGGUGGCUGGAUCCACUCAUCAAAUCAUAAAGGAAUUCCAGUUCUUACAAAAAGCAUUAGUCUAAAAGUCAUGAAAAUUUUUAGUUUUUUGUGCCAAACUGACAUACCCGUAAAUUAUAAAGAUGCUUGGAAAUGUGUUAAAAAUCCUAGAUUUAGAUUUAUCUCAGACGAGACAGUCAAGACUGUGCAGAUUAUUGAUAGAAUUUCAGAUUCACAAAGACUAAUUCAUGUGUAUCAUGAAAUGAGUGGUAUAUUGAGGAAGGAAGCCCUUGACUUCUGCCUUUUGCAGACAGAGAGGGAGGAGACGAGUAGUUUUUAUUCCGUCUUCCAAUCCAUUGAAUAUGAAAAAUGUCCUUUCAUGCCAGCAGUCACUAGGGGAACUUUAAAGCCUAGUGGUUGGACUGUGCAAGAUUUAACGCCAAAGACUUGUAGAGUUACUUAUUUAGUUCAGAUUUUACUGAAUAGUCCAGAUAAUGUGUUUAUUCAGGAGUUGAACUCAUUAGUCCCUCAAUCUCUGUAUAACCUUAGACAAUUCAUAACAUCAAGACCAAAGUGAAAAUAUUUUUUAGUGUGUUUUUUUCUGUUAUGUAUAUUUUGUAAUUGUGAGUGAGUGUGUUGUUUUUUAUACUUUUUAUAAAGCACUAAUAUAAAUAAAAUUGUUUUCAUUUUUACA